GUGAUGCAUCAUUUUGUAUUAUAGGGAAAAAAAAAAAAAAAAGCGAAAGGUAUUAUUAUCUUCUAACUAAAGCUUUUAGAGUCUUUUAAUUUUAUUUUUCUUUAAUAAGUAAUGGCCGUGACUGGAUCCUCCCCUCCGGCUCCGGUUUCUUGUUGUGCGUAUCCGGCGAAAUGAGACAAGUGUAUAGAGGAGCAACAGAGGUGAAUCUGAAGUGAUCAUCAAGUGCAUGUAAUUGUAGCCUCAAGAAUUUAUCCAACUUUUUUCUUCUUCGAAUCUUCUCUGCGUCAAUCCACACCCAAGGGUUUCCAAGGAAGAUGUGUCUUUCCCAUUAGCUAAAGAUAGUUUAUUUUGUGUCCGAUGGCGUCUACUCGUAAACCCAGUGGUCAUGGAGCUGAAGUCGAAGCUCAGAAGCGCUCCUCUUCGAAUAUUAAUACUAAGUCAGCAAAAGCCGAGAUUUUUGAGCCGAUGCAGUUACAAAGAUCAGCUACUGUAGGAGUUCCGGAGAGUAAACGGUUGCCAGAGUCGCUUAGGAAGCGAUCUAGUGACCCGGCUGUUUGUAAAGCCGAUUUUAGCUCCCUGUCCACCGUUCUUGAGCACGUAGAUUCAUUGACCAUUGAUGAAAAGAAAACAUCAGGCUUUGGCAGCGUCAAGACCAGCUCUGCUUCUGCGAAAAUGAGUGAUGGCACGAGCAGUCUCGGCAAGACAAGUGGAAGUGCCAAGCUAAGUGGCCGCCUUGAUUUCAUGGAGAGUGGCAAGAGCAGCAUCUGCAGAGGAAGCACGAGCAGUGAUGUGAGUGACGNGUUACUGUUUUCAAUAUGUGGCAGAUUUUACAUAGCAGAGUCACUGCUAGCUUUGGAAUACCUGCACAUGCUGGGGAUUGUGUAUCGAGAUCUUAAGCCUGAAAACGUUCUAGUCCGGGAAGACGGACACAUAAUGCUCUCUGAUUUUGACCUCUCACUCCGCUGUCUUGUCAGCCCAACUCUAGUGAAAUCUGCCGCCAUCGAGUCAGACCCAUUACGAAAAAACGUUUACUGUGUGCAACCUGCUUGCAUAGAGCCAUCCUGCAUCCAACCGUCUUGCACCGUCCCCACCACUUGCUUCUCCCCACGUUUGUUCUCAAGCAAAUCUAAAAAGGACCGUAAACCCAAGAAUGACACCGCAAAUCAAGUUAGGCCAUUGCCAGAGCUGGUAGCCGAGCCAACCGAUGCACGUUCCAUGUCAUUUGUGGGCACGCAUGAGUACUUGGCCCCGGAGAUCAUCAAAGGUGAAGGCCAUGGGAGUGCAGUUGAUUGGUGGACUUUUGGGAUUUUCCUGUACGAACUUCUCUUCGGGAGAACGCCUUUUAAGGGAUCAGGAAACCGACAGACAUUGUUCAAUGUGGUGGGUCAGCCUCUGCGGUUCCCAGAAACACCUGUGGUUAUGGACAAGACAUCCCUUGCAAGUCGCAAGAAGCUUCUCCGAGCUCAGACCGAAAGAGAGAUUCUCCAGUCUUUGGAUCACCCGUUUCUCCCUACCCUCUACACUCACUUUGAGACUGAGAAAUUCUCAUGCCUGGUGAUGGAAUUCUGUUCCGGAGGAGAUUUGCAUACUCUCAGGCAACGCCAGCCGGGGAAGCAUUUUUCUGAGCAAGCGGUAAAGUGA